AUGUCCAUGUACCAGUCGCUGAUCCCUGCCGACGCGCGUCGUGCGGAGUGCGAGCGUGUGUGCCGCGAGCACCCCGAGCAGCUGCCGGUGGUGGUCGAGUCGGCCAACUCGAGCCACGUCCGCUUCCUCGCCGUUCCGCGCGACGCCACCGUGGCGGACCUCGAGGCUGAGGUGCGCCAGACGCUGGGGACGGCAAACAAGAAGGUGGCGCUGGCGAUCGAGGGCUCCAGUCCUGCUUCGACGACGGUGCUGGGCGACAUCUUCGACGCCUUCAAGCAGGUCGACGGCUUCCUCUACGUCUCGUGCACGCGCGAGUCGGCGAUGGGCGCCAGGGAUAUUUGCUGUUUUGGCAACACGGGCAAGUAUUUUGCGGAUAUCGAGAAUAACCCAAACCUGCUUGGCUCCCUGUAA